UUCGCCUUUUCAGUCGGUGCUCGCCUGUAUUGGACCUCCUCUUUGCCUGUUUUCCUUUCUCAGCACAGUGGCAGCGACGGUGCCCCUGACCCUUCAGGAGUAGACAUUGGAUAGCUCUCUCCAUGGAUCUGCAGGACUUUAUUCUUCGGGCUCGAGUCUUGAAACUUUACAGGCAAGCUUUGAGAAGUGCUCGGCGAGCCCCCUCUUCUGCUAGAACUGAAUUGAGACAGACAAUUAGACAAGAGGUGGAAAAUAAUAGAAACUGCACGGACAAGCAAAGGAUCCGUUAUUUGGUUAGUGAUGGAUUGGAAAGAUUGAAACGACUGGAUGAAAUGCUUGACAUGCAAGGUCACAGCUGAUGGAUUGGUACUACUUUGAGUUCAGUUGCCCUGAAGAAUUUAAUCAACAAGGAUACGGAAACCUGAAAGAGGAGGUAGAUGGACUACUCGGGCUAGAAUCAGGUUACUUUGGAUAUGUUUUGAAUAUAAAAUUGUGACUUGGUAUAUUCCAUGUUUCCCACCAUUUUUUGUAUGUCCGGACCAAAUUGCUCCCUUAGUAACUCGGUUAGCGACUCUAACCAAGCUCCAAUCCGUCCACGUGAAUCACAACAAAAGUGUAAUCCUAAAGAAUAGGGAUUCUUUAAUCCUAGUGACUUAAUAAAUGUUCAAUUCAUUAUCCAACCAAAAA